AUGGAUACAGAACUUGAAUUAGUAUGUGAUUCGGAAUCAGACAUCGAGAAAAAUGAGGAGCAAGCUCCAGAAGAUCAGCAGAAUGUUGCAACUAUGUAUAAAGAACCCCUGUCAAAUGAUGUGAAGCAAGAACUUCUAUUACAGGGUGGACAUAAUUUAGACAAUUCCGCUGACUUCCGCAUUUUGGAAAAAAAUGACAACGAAGGAAUACUAAAAUGUCCGGAACAUGAAGAAGGAAUAGAGAAAAAUCCAGAAGGACUUAAUUUUUUGAAGCAAAAGAUAAGGGACAUCAAAAUGAUUAAUAUAGGAGAUCAUACAAGAAACUUCGCGGAAGCUGUGGAAGAGAUGAAAUCAGUGACAGAGAGAGCACUUACUGCCGGAAUCACCAAGGUGAUGGAAUAUCAAGAGAGGUUGGGUGAAGCACUUGAAGACAUUAAAUCAAUGAAGGAGAAAGCGUUGAGUGCAAGAACAACAAUUGCGUUAGAAUAUCAAAAGAGAUUAGAUGAAGCACUUGAAAAAAUUAAUAUACAGAAAGAGAAAUUGAGCAAGCACAGGAUAAUGGAUGCGGAAGUAGUUAAAAUGGAGGAGCAUCAGGAGCCCGUAGGAGAAAUUACGGCCUCCAUUAAGACUGAAGACAAGGGUGUUGUGCCUUCCGCUUCAGACAGUAUGAAGAACACUACGAAGAAGAGAGUAGUACGUAACCCUUUCGGAAUCCUGGAUUCUAAAAUAGAGAAAAUAUUCUUUAAAGCGCACGGAUACAUAGAUAAAUGUAAAAAGGAUCCGGAUAUUAGCAAAACUCAAUUUUGGCUACAGAAAAUUAAGAUAUAUGGUAGCAUAAUGGCCUUACCUAUUGUAAUGGCAUUAUGCGCAGUCGUAUUAUGCACAGUGGAGGGCUCCAGCUGCGGAACUCUCUGUAUUGUGGGCGUUGGAUUGUCCGCUCUGAGCUUUAUAAUAAAUCUGUACAUCCUUGUAAAGGUGUUGAAAUCUGACUUGAGAUUCGAAGGUAUAUAUAAACCUCGUUUGAAGGAUUACAUUAGAAGCCUCAGAAAAUGUAUAAAAUGA